AAUCAUCAUUUUACGCACUGCUUUUGCUUUUGCUGAGAGAGAGAGAGAGAGAGAGAGAGAAGAUGUGGCCAUUCAGCAAGAAAGGGGCUUCUGGGUUUUCAUCAUCAUCCACUGCACAACAAGUUACUGAAGGCAUUGAUGGAACUUCUCUCACUGCUAUUGUCACAGGAGCAUCCAGUGGUAUUGGCACUGAGACUACACGUGUACUUGCUUUGCGCGGUGUCCAUGUCAUUAUGGGUGUGAGAAAUAUGAUUGCUGCUAAAGAUGUCAAAGAAACAAUACUUAAAGAGAUUCCCUCUGCUAAAGUUGAUGCCAUGGAGUUAGAUCUCAGUUCAAUGGAGUCUGUCAAGAAAUUUGCAUCAGAGUUUAAGUCCUCUGGUCUUCCAUUGAACAUCUUGAUAAACAAUGCAGGAAUUAUGGCAUGCCCUUUCAAGCUCUCUAAAGACAAAAUUGAACUACAGUUUGCCACAAAUCACUUGGGGCAUUUUCUCUUGACAAAUCUUUUGUUGGACACUAUGAAGAAAACUUCACGUGAGACUAAAAAAGAAGGAAGAAUUGUUAAUGUCUCCUCUGAGGCUCACCGAUUUGCAUAUCCUGAAGGAAUCCGUUUUAACAAAAUUAAUGAUGAAUCAAGUUACAACAACUGGCGUGCAUAUGGGCAGUCAAAGCUUGCCAACAUUUUACAUGCAAAUGAACUUACAAGACGUCUCAAGGAAGAUGGGGCGGAUAUUACUGCAAAUUCUCUUCAUCCGGGAACAGUUACCACCAAUCUUUUCCGUUACAACAGUACAGUGAAUGGGCUAAUUGCUGCGAUUGGGAGGCUUUUUCUUAAAAAUGUCCAGCAGGGAGCCGCAACAACAUGCUAUGUAGCUUUGCACCCACAAGUGAAGGGAAUUAGUGGCAAGUAUUUUUCAGACAGUAAUUUGGCCAAAACAACCUCACAGGGCACUGAUGCUGAUUUGGCCAAGAAAUUAUGGGACUUCAGCACGGAUUUGACCAAGUAAAACCCCCCACUGUUAUUUCUCAAUAGAAUACAUCAAUUGUAUGACAUCCUGUAAUAUAUUUAUACCGAGAUUAUGAUUCCUACAUUGGCUUGGUCCUACUCUAACCUUUUAUUUUGCACAGAAUUUAUACCAAUAAGUCUUAAAAGUCAUUUUCUGCAUUAUAUUGAAGAAAUGCGCAAACGUGGAGUUAGUCUCACUUUGUUAAGAAAAUGAAUUUGU